UGUCGCUCUCUGUUAACGAACCUAAACGAUAGGCGUUUUGCCGUGGAUAGCCAUCCGUUUACUUGAACAUUCGAAGGUAUACUUUUCGAUCUCGUUUGAAUUCGUUGGUAUUCCCUACGUACAACAAGAUACAGCCAGACGCUGCUUUUGUUAGUCUGUCAAACGUAAAAAUACUUUGUGUAACUUUUAUUGGAUUCACAAUAAGUACUUGCAAAUGCUGUUAGGACACAGCUCGGUGAAUAAGGAUCUAUUGACGGAGUCCUGCUUUUUAUGAGCAUACAUGCGGGCAUUAUUGGCCGCUAUGAUUAUUACGCUAAGCAUGAAAUUGAAUGGUGGCAUUUGUCGAUAAGUUACAAGCAAGUAGGGUACCUAACCGCAUUCUGUAUCUCAGCUUGUUUCGCUAAAGGACAAAAAUUUGUAGCGGACCAGUCCUAUCUAAUAGCGUGGAUUUCAUUAGGUCUGCGUUCUUCGGACGAAAUCUUAUUUAUCCAGAUUCAGAUAUGGGAGGCAUUGUAGCUAAGUUCCGAAGCGAUCUAGUUCUUGUCGUGAAGACUGGUGAUCGAAAAGGUGCAGGUACAGAUGCUAACAUAUACGCCUUCAUCGAAGAUGUCAACGGAAACCGAAAUGCAGAGACCAAGCUAGACAACUGGUUAAGAAACGACCAUGAGCGAAACUCCACUGGCUUCUACACGGUCCCAUCUGAGCCUAAAAGGAACAGGGAUGACAAAUGCGAACAGUCCGAACAAACCGCUUUGGGUAAACCCGCCUUCCUUGUCUUAUGGAGGGACCGGAGUGGGUUCGCGGAUGACUGGUUUGUCGAGCGAGUUGAGCUAAGGACACGUGGCUCAAAACAAGUUCUUGCAACCUGGCCUUUGCAUCGAUGGAUCAAAGCCGAUAAGAAAUAUCGAUUUGCCGUUAACGACUGCUUGUUGCCACAAAAAGACACAUCCAUUAGUCAGCGUCUGGAGGAACUGCGAGAACGACGUGGACUCUUCGAGAUGAGUCAAAACUUCGAAGGCGCUCCUCCCCAGUGUCGAAAUCCUCCUUUGGCCGCAUUCCCGUUAGACGCGCGAGAGUUGACGUCCCUUCGCUCACGAAUGGAACAUAAACUUAUCUCCGGAUCUACCUCUGCGUGGUGCUCGCUCGACGACCUUAAAAACAUCUAUAAAUUAGGCUUUCAAGAACCUUCUGCAAUCCACUGCUGGAAGUCUGAUGCGUGGUUUGCCGCUCAAAGACUACAAGGACUUAACCCGACUGCCAUUAAGUUGUGCACUCGAUUGCCCGAAUGUCUCUCAGGAAGCCGAAAUGGGGGUCAGAUAUCGGUCGACAACCUCGAGCUCGAACGGACAAUGAAGGAAAAAAAACUUUUCAUAAUCGAUCACAAAAUUCUUAGGAAUCUGCCUUGCAGGGACGAUAGAAUGGUUGUCGCACCGGUCGGGUUAUUUGGCGUUGACACUCGGGGAGAGCUGCGGCCCUUAGCGAUCCAUUUGUUUCCGGAUGCAGCUGCUGAUAAUGUACUCUUCUCGCCAUCAGACCCGCCGUACACAUGGAUGUUAGCCAAAAUGUUUUUCAACAUGGCGGAUGCAAUGAUACACAGGAGUUGGUUAUGGUACGGAUUAUGUCAUCUCCUGCCCGAGAGCAUUUGGGUCUCAGCCAAUCGCUGCCUGUCAAGUUCGCAUCCUAUCUAUAAACUGCUGGAGCCGCACCUUAGGCCUGUUAUUCGAGCUAACUCAUACCUUCAAUGUGAACUGAUGAGCCCUGGAGGAUGGAUGGACUCCACUACCAGUAUAGGAAUGCGCGGUCUUCAGGCCAUCAUUGGUCGAGCUUUCGAGGACUUCCACAUUAUUGACGAUCUCGACAUUCGGAAAGUGAUCACACGGAAUGGAACAGGCGAUAAGACUUUAAAAGAGUAUCCCUUCCGCGACGAUGCACUUCAAGUCCAAGAUGCAAUUCGUACAUACAUCUGCGCUGUGCUCGAACACCACUAUCUUAACCCAGCUGACAUAACGGAAGACAGCGAGCUGAAUAGGUGGUGUGAUGAAAUGUCAAAAAGCAGACGCAAAGGAGGAUGCCAGAUUAAGGGUAUUCCAUCGCCUAUUGAUCGUGAGGGCUUGCUGAGCUUGCUGACAAACGUGCUUUCAUUGGCAUCACUCUUCAACGCUGUAUAUGGCUCAGGCCAAUAUGACAAUCUCGCAUUUCCACCGAACUACCCGUCUGCGAUGAGGGGAACCAUCCCCAGAGAUAACCAUCCGCGGACUGAAGGCGAACUUGUCAGUCAGUUGCCUUCAAAGGAGGCAACACUGAGCUGGAUUUCGGUGAUCCGCUUCCUUUCGGCGAGGCCAUUGCACAUCUUCGCUAAUAUUGUCGAAGUUCAUCUUUCACAUCCUGCGGACAAGGAAGCUCUGCAAGCUCUUCAAUGGAGGCUUAACCAGGUGAAACAAGUAGCACUCUUAAGAGGCUUGCUACAUUCAACUAUUAAAUUUCGACCUGAAAACGUCCUUCAUUCACAGUCAGCAAAAGAAAAAUUGAAAACCAUAAUUUUUUUCUCCAAACAAUAUAACAUAAUAUAGUAUAUCGGAUAUAGUAGUGUACUCAUAUACCAAGUAUCAUAUUUGAUCGGUCUUUUAAUAAAUUUUGGUCAUUUUUUAGGCUUAGUUAUUUAGAAUCAAAAUUAGCAAGCUUGAUCCAAGUGUUUGACACGCUCUCUAUCUAGACAGCCCUGCCUUUACACUGUUUACGUCUUGAUCGGAUUCGUUAAUAGUUAUCUUUCGUAUGAUUUAAACCUGAGAUGGGAGAACCGCGUACCUAAAAGUGCAUUACUGGUUUCUUUCUGGAGCUAAGACAACGCGGUUGCGUGUUAUUAAAACUAAUUUUCAUACUUUAGAAAUUGAAGUCUCGUCCUGGAACAAUAGAACACCUUUCUUGGAGGUAUAGGAAGGUGACGCAAGAAUAUCAAAAGCUACCUGCUAUGCAUUGGCCUCCGCAAUGUUUUAAGUGGCCUGAACUGAAGAGCACUAGCGGUGAUCGUAAGGGAAGAGGGUGGACCUUACACGAACUUAGUAAAUGUGCCAGUAUUAUCCGCUUGAGAGUACACACAUGCAUUAUAUUUUAAAUCGCGAAGUAAAUUGUUUCUCCGCAGGAUCGAUACCUUUUUCACAGUUGCUAGAGCGCGAAAGGUGAACUUAGGAUAAAUCAUUACAUGGAUUUGGCUGAAAAAAAUUUGGUGAGGUCGGUAAGGACAUGGUCGAACGGUAAACGCUGAUCGCCGCCCGGCCUGAAUCGUCGAAUUGACUGAACAAAUGGAAAGUAAAGAUUAAGCAAAGGACAGCGUAUGGAAAUGUUGUUGCACGAAAGAAACAGACUUGGCAUGGCGCCAAACUAUGAACGAGAAUUUUUCGCGCCCGUUUAUAAAAUCUAGAGUCCGUUCCCUUGGACUAUAGCUGUUCAAAUCUCAUCAUGUAGCAACAUGACCUAGAAUGCAAACAAUUCAACAUAAGAGACGGAAGUCCGAAAAUAAGUUUACACUGAUUGUACGGGUCGUCUUUACGGGUGCCCCCUUCGCUCGCCAACGAAUUCGUCCGAUGCCCACCGGUACCAAAAGGCCAUUAGCCUCACCUAACCUUGGUAAACUCAAGGACUGACCCCAGCAGGGGUGUCUGGUACCGUCUAGAAGUGAAAAGGACGAAAUCACUCUUUGAUCGAUCGGUUAACAUAAAACAAAAGUAAUGAAAAA